AUGUUGAGAAUGAAGAAAAGGGGUUACGUUGGGAUCUGGUCAUUUCCAGUUAUUAUUGCAGUGGUCUGUGCACAAAGUGUCAAUGAUCCUAGCAAUAUGUCACUGGUUAAAGAGACUGUGGAUAGACUCUUGAAAGGCUAUGACAUCCGUUUGAGGCCAGAUUUUGGAGGUGCCCCUGUGGCAGUUGGCAUGAACAUAGAUAUUGCCAGCAUAGACAUGGUAUCAGAAGUCAACAUGGACUAUACUUUGACAAUGUACUUUCAACAAGCAUGGAGAGAUAAAAGACUUUCAUACUCAGUUAUUCCUUUAAAUCUUACAUUGGAUAACAGAGUAGCAGAUCAGCUCUGGGUUCCUGAUACCUACUUCCUGAAUGACAAGAAGUCUUUUGUUCAUGGUGUUACUGUCAAGAACAGAAUGAUUCGGCUUCAUCCUGAUGGUACUGUGCUCUAUGGACUAAGAAUAACAACAACAGCUGCUUGUAUGAUGGACCUUAGAAGAUAUCCAUUGGAUGAGCAAAACUGUACACUAGAAAUUGAAAGCUAUGGAUACACUACAGAUGACAUUGAGUUUUAUUGGCUUGGUGGGAGUCAUGCGGUGACAGGAGUUGAAAAAAUUGAAUUGCCACAGUUUUCCAUUGUAGAUUACAAACUCCUGUCAAAAAGAGUGGUUUUCUCUACAGGUUCAUAUCCAAGGUUAUCGCUUAGCUUUAAAUUAAAAAGGAACAUUGGCUAUUUCAUCUUGCAAACAUACAUGCCUUCUAUUUUGAUCACAAUUCUUUCAUGGGUUUCAUUUUGGAUUAACUAUGAUGCAUCUGCUGCUCGAGUUGCUCUAGGAAUUACAACUGUUCUGACCAUGACUACAAUCAACACUCACCUUCGAGAAACUCUCCCUAAAAUUCCCUAUGUAAAAGCUAUUGAUAUGUAUCUAAUGGGGUGCUUUGUCUUUGUAUUCAUGGCUUUGCUAGAAUAUGCGUUAGUCAACUACAUCUUCUUUGGUAGAGGGCCACAACGGCAAAAGAGGGCAGCAGAACGAGCGGCUAGUGCUAACAAUGAGCAAAUGCGAAUGGAAGUCAAUAAGGUAAGCGUGGAUCCACAUGAAAAUAUUUUAUUGAGUACACUUGAAAUUAAAAAUGAAAUGGCAGCAUCUGAAGCGGUGAUGGGUCUUGGUGAUCCAAGAAGUGCUAUGUUGGCUUAUGACACUUCUAGCAUUCAAUAUCGGAAAGCUGGUUUACCCAGACACAGUUUUGGACGGAAUGCUUUAGAACGUCAUGUGGUUCAAAAAAAAAGUAGACUACGAAGACGUGCGUCUCAGCUGAAAAUAAACAUACCUGACUUGACUGAUGUAAAUGCCAUAGACAGAUGGUCACGCAUGAUAUUUCCAGUGGUUUUUUCAUUCUUCAACAUUGUCUACUGGCUCUAUUAUGUGAACUAA